CUCGCUCCACGCCCCCAUCUGUUUGCUUCUCCUGAACCCUAAAAAUGGUACUUUGUUUCUUCCCUAUUGUUGAUUCUGUCGAAUUCGUUGCUGUAUGGAAAUUUCGCCGAAGCAAAUCCAUGAGAUAAAAGAUUUUCUUCUCACUGCAAGAAGAAAGGAUGCCCGUUCAGUCAAAAUCAAGAGGAGUAGAGAUGUAGUCAAGUUUAAGGUUCGCUGUUCCAAGUACCUCUACACGCUCUGCGUGUUCGACUCUGAGAAGGCUGACAAAUUGAAGCAGUCUCUUCCCCCAGGUUUGAGUGUGCAAGAUCUUUGAAGUAGUUGUUGAUUUUUUGAGAUUCCUAUGGAAAAAAAUCAAGAGCUGAAGCGAACGCGUUCUCAUAGUAUUUCUUUCUUGUUUUCUGUCUAGGUAUUGGUUUAGGGAUUGCCAUUAUUAUUGUCCUAACACGUAGAGACUGGAGUUGGUUUGCUAUUUUAGUGUUUGUUAAAUUUUAUGAUCUCUCACACUUUGGUCAUUCGGGAAAUUUGUUAAUUGUUGAUUCAAAACUUCAUCCAUUAUAUUUUAUCUUAGCUUUGAAAUUUUUAAAAGGUAUCAAUACGUUGUCCGUCGGUUCUAACUGGCCUACCAACAUUUUUUUAA